AGGGAAAACGUUGGGGGAAGAUCCACAUCCACGCCCCCCAGGGCGGCGUGAAUAAUUUUGCCAAUUAAGAGCAGUGGGCAAUGAGCGUGCGGCAUUCCAAGUUGGAGGCUGGGGGUUGGCGAGUCAGUCACUCAGAGACGGCGCUAUCAGCAGCAUGCUUAAACUGCAGCCCAAACUGGACGGGGUCCCGCAGGUGGCAGAGUCGGGCGCCACAUCCACGGAGGACAGCCAACUGGACGCGAUCAUCGUCCAGAUCGGACAGUUUGGUCGCUUCCAGAUCACCAACUAUCUGCUGCUCUGCCUGCCCAUAAUAUGCAAUGCCUUCUACUCCAUCUCGUACAUUUUCACCGCCAGUAAUGUGGCCCACAGAUGCAAUAUUACCCAGUGCGACAGCUCAGAUAGCAGCUACUCCGCCCCAUUUCUGAACUUUACGACCCCUCAAAGCCGUGGAGCUUGGGAUCAGUGCCAGCACUAUGCACUCAGCUCUGAAAUUGAAACUGCAUCUGCAGCUUGCAAUGAAAGUAAUUUUAACCAGAGUGAACUGAUUAGCUGUGAAGCAGGCUUCAAGAUGGUAGAAGACGAGCGUACCAUAGCAAGCGAGUUUGGAAUCUUUUGCGGCGAUCAGUGGAAGCUGUCGAUGGUGGGCACAGUCAAUAACAUAGGACAGUUUGUGGGAAUACCCCUCGGAGGAUAUUUAGCAGAUCGAUAUGGUCGCAAAAGCCUGCUUGUCAUAGGUGGAAUUCUCAGCGCUUUCGCCGGACUGGCCCGCUCGCAUGCCCCAAACUAUUACAGUUUCCUGGGCCUCGAGUUCCUGGACAUGGCCGUGGGCAGUACUCUCUUUCCCACCGCCUUCCUAAUGGCCCUCGAGCUGGUUGGCCCGAAGCAUCGCGUUGUGGCUGCCACGUCGAUCACCCUCACCUAUGGACUGGCCGAGGCUGCCCUGGGCUACCUGGCCGACUUUAUCAGGGAUUGGCGGGUGCUGCUCCGCGUGCUGUACACCCCGGCACUGCUGCACUUGAUCUUUAUCUGCCUGCUGCCGGAGAGCGUGCGCUGGCUGCUCAGUCAGUCGAAGGAGCUGGACGCCAUGAACAUUCUGCGUAAAGUGGCUCGGGUCAAUCGAAAAUCCUUGUCGGAGCAGCAGCUGACUGAGUUGAUGCGCUCCAACCGGCAGCUAGUGGCUAAGUCUUCUGCCACAGGAGGCCACUACAGCCUGCGCCAGAUUGUUCAUGCUCUAGGCUGGCGCAUUGCCCAGUGCUGCUUCGUGUGGUUCACCCACACCUUCAUUGCCCUAGGCCUCAGCCUCAAUUCCAGCGAGCUGAAGGGCAGCAAGUUCGAGAACUUUAGUAUGAUGGGGUUCAUGCAGCUGCCGGGCUCUCUUCUGGCCACAGUGAUUAUGCACCGCAUUGGUCGACGCUGGGCCCUAACCUCAUGCAUGACGAGUUGCACACUCUUUCUACUGGCUGUACCCGCUUUGCAGGAGGCCUACCCGGUAACCUCCUCUGUGCUAUAUUUCAUGGCCAAGAUGACUUCUACUGGCAGCUUUGUGAUUCUGUACUUCUUUACCUCUGAGAUCUUCCCCACGAACUGCCGGAACAGCCUGCUCUCCUUCUGCUCGAUGGUUGGUCGCUUUGGCUCCAUGCUGGCUCCCCAGACUCCUCUGCUGAUUCCCUACUACACGUACGCUCCCCACUUUCUCUUUGCCUUAUUCGGCUUUGUCUGCGCCUGUCUAACGCUGUACUUUCCGGAGACCACGAACAAGGCUCUGCCCACCACGCUGGAGGAGGCACGAUCCCUGGACAGAAGCAUGCCAAAGCCCCUGGCAACAAAAAGUGCUGUCUAAUCGAAACUGAACCGUUUUUGGGGUGUCAUGGAGACCAGAGAUCAGUGCGUGAUCAGAAAAAGAGUCAAAGACAAUAAAAAAUUUAUAAAUAUAAGAAGCCAGGGCAUUUUUAGACAUUUUUAAGGUGAGUUUUUACGAUUCGAUUCCCGAUGGAGUACUUUGGGAAUUUGCUGAAUCAAUACUAAGUAGUGGCUUAUCACAAGCGACUGUUAUUUCCACGACUUAUCACCGAUUUAUAGCUUCCUUCGAUGACAUACUCGUAUUUUCAAUUACAAACCGUCAAUAAUUCACUAGGCUUCUCAUUGAUUGCGGUUUCAUUGUCGCUAUCGCUACCUAUCAUUGAUUUAUCAGUCUGGUCGGCAAUGGAAGUGAACAAAUUGAUUGUCAGUCAUUCAGUCACUUGUGUAUUCAAUUUCCUCACCUAAUCAUCUUAGGGUUACCUAAAUCAAGUGUGAAGCCAAACACUGUCGCUCCCUGACAAGGUCAUCGACAUGCAGCCAGACAACUUGUUGACCCAGUCGAGCCAUCAGGCAACGAACAGGAACAGCUGUUUCCCCCACCUCAGACAGAGUGUCUCGCCGUCUGAUAGAACAUACACUGGCCAUAUCCCACAUACAAUGUACUAGACUGAUAUCAACAGUUUGGUGCUAAUGUCCGACUAAAACCAUUCACAAUUAAACGUGUGCUACGAUUGGA